AAAAUGGCGCUUCCUCUCAUGUGCACUCACGCGCGAAAUGUUACAGCGUGGGUGUAAUUUCCCACCAAACACAGAAUUUAGAAGGCUGUAUAUCACGCUUAGACUACUUCACUUGUCGUGUCGCUAGGACAGCCCAGCAUGGCGCCAGUUAUUGUGUGGUUGGUGUUUAAGGUGCGGUAAUGACAUGACUUAAGAUAGGGGUCAUUAUCCCAACCUGUUAAUUGACAGAUACGGAGUGAAUGAUAGUGAUUUGCAAUGUAUAUCCUUCGGCUUUUGUAAUUGUUAUCCUUUGCGCCACUGCUGUACUGUUCAAUCGCAAAGGAAUCAAAGCUGAGGGAAUUGAGGAGACUUCAGAGUAACUUAAUCAUAUCAGGAAACUGUGGGCCAUUAAUUAAAAUACUCGGAGGCAAUACGGGCUGUGAUAUUUACGGGUAAAAGAGUGGUGCUGCAGAAAACUGACAUUUAUAGCAUCCUCUGUGAAGUAUAUUAUAAGAAAUAAUUUAUUCACCUGAGAACCUAAUUUAACUGAGGCAGUGGCCAAUGUAAAGAAUAAUAAUUCUUGAGUUGCAGGUGUAGAAAUAGUAAUUUAACGUGACAAGAUUCUGGGAGUUAAGAGUGAACGCACUUUGUGUUUGAAACAGAACAACACAGUGUACUGCUCCUUUGAGAUAGUUUGAUAUGCUGCAAUAUCUGUAAACAGUGAUACAUUUCACUGGAGGAUGAAAAGCUUUUCCUCUGGAUAACAGUCACUCCAAAAUGCGCUACUCGUUAUUGUCUGAAAAGACUGAAAAUAUACAGUGCUGACAAUUGCUGUGCUACAGCCUAGUGAUGUAUCAUGCAAUGUUCCCACCUCACAUGAUUGCUCAUAUCAUAGGACAACAGCAACAGCAGCAUCAGCAGCAGUUGAGUUAUUCAUCAGAUAACCGUGGUGGACGUUACUGCUAUAAUAUUAGCCCAUUUGAACAAAUAGAGUUGCUGCGCGGGCUUGUCGCUCUUGAUAUGCCUCCAGUCCGCAAUAAUCGUGGGUAUGGAAGGGGCAGCCAUUCACCACUAAUGCCUCCCCCAAAUACUUUAAAUUAUCAUGCCCCAACUACGAUCAAUGUGAAGAACUGUUGGAACAAAAAUUUCUCACGGCAACCACGCUGUGCUACGAGGCAGCUAAGCUCGCCUCCUCGCAGUAUUGCAGCUGACUCAGAUUCUGGCUUUUCUUCACGUUCUCCUACACCGAUUACGCAGCAGGGUGAAAAUACAGAAGAUUCAGCUGACAACAGUAAUAAUAAUACGUCUGUUGCACGUGAUUCUAAUAAGGGCAUCAAGAGGCUACAUGAUGUGCAUGGUGGUGGCUGCUCUUCUGGACAGCCACAACAAACAUUUUAUCAACAGCAGAAGCACCAGCAUCACCCUCACCAUUAUCACCUUCACAGUCAUCACCAACAUCAGCAACACCAGCCACCAUAUUACCGCAGUGGGAACAAUGGCAGUUACCAAAAUAAGCGGCAUUAUAACAACAGUGGCAGCAGCAACAGUAACCACCAGAGGCAACAGUAUACUCAGGCACUGCCUUUGCGGCACCCCAUGCAGCAGCAGCAGCAGCAGCAGCAGCAGCAACAACAACAGCAGCAGCAGCAGCAGCAGCAGCAGCAACACCACCAGCAGCAGCAACAACAAUUGCAGCAGUCACAGAGGCAGUCACGUAGGCGCUUUUUUCUGCCUUUUCACUCUGGUGGAUGUGGGCCACCUGUCUUUACAGCACCUGAUCAUUUCCUCGCACAUGCACAUCUCAUGCAGGUUGCUGCCUCACCACCUCCUCCCCGACUUACAAAUGGUUCUCAGUGGGAUAAGCUGUCACUAGACAUUUGGGAGAAGUUCAUUGAAAAUCAACAGACCGAGGAGACUUACAAAAAGAAGAUGCUUCUUUGGAAACAUCUUUAUAUCUUCAUUAAGAAGGAAUUUCCACGCUAUGGCCUGUUUCUUGUGGGAUCUACCAUGAGUGGAUUUGGAAGUGAUAAAAGCGAUGUUGAUAUGUGUCUUAUUGUGAGGCACACUGAAAUUGAUCAGCGCAAUGAAGCAGUCCGUCAUCUUGAACAGAUGCUCCACUACUUGAGGUGCUGUGAUUUUGUGGAACGUCCAGAGCUGAUACAAGCUAAAGUGCCUAUUCUUAAGUUCAGAGACACUCAGUGUGACUUUGAAGUGGAUCUUAACUGUAACAAUGCUGUGGGAAUCCGCAACACACAUCUACUUUACUGCUAUUCUCAGAUGGAUUGGAGAGUUCGACCUCUUGUGUUAAUUGUGAAACUUUGGGCCCAUGCCCAUAACAUAAAUGACGCAAAGAACAUGACAAUAUCGAGUUAUUCCUUAGUGUUGAUGGUAAUUCACUUUUUGCAAUGUGGAGUUGCUCCCUCAGUGUUACCUUGCCUUCAUGAAAUAUAUCAAGGAAAAUUCAGUCCGCAUUCCGAUAUACAUAGAAUCAACAUUCAUGAAGAAUUGCGGCCUUUUCAUUCAGAUAAUGUUCAAACACUGGGUGAACUGUUUGUUGAGUUUCUGCGCUACUAUGUGGAGUUUGAUUUCAGCCAGUAUGCUAUUUCUGUGAGAGUUGCUGGAAAGAUCCCCAUAGAAGAAUGCCGUCACGUGCGGUCUUACAAGAACGAUCCUCAUCAGUGGAAAUACUUAUGUAUUGAAGAACCGUUUGAUCUCACCAACACUGCCCGUUCUGUGUAUGAUCGAGACGUAUUUGAGAAAGUGAAGCAAGUAUUCCAGGAUUCUUAUGAGAAGCUGAAGAAAACCCGUGAUAUUGUAAGCAUUUUUUGAAUGGACAGGGGAAGUCAUAGAAUAAAUGAACUUUUGUUAAUGGACUGCUUUUGUUUUUCAUGUGUGAAAUGGCACAAAGAAAUGUUGAACUGGGUUUCAGCAUUAAUCGUGACUUACAUGCUGGUUGUGACAAAAAAAAGAAAUAUUCCUAACAUGAUGUGAAAACAACAUUGUGAACAGGUAACUAAAAUGGACUGUUCACUCACCUAGUCAGAUAAAUAUUACUUAUGACUGUGAUGAAGAUUGGAGCUUUAAGAUGAAUAUAUUAUGCCUUUUUCUCUUUUUAUUUAUGUAUGUAAUUGUUGAUUUUAGUUAACAUGCAUGUCUUCCCUGCAGACAUUGUGUAUGUGGGAGUAGGUGGUUUUUCUAUUAUAUUAUAAUGUUACUUGUAUGAGUCUUUUCAGAAGGAAAAAAUUUUUAAUUUUUAACAAAGUAUUAGGUAUUCCUUUCUUUUUAAAAUGUUUUGUGUGAAUGUUUUGCUUUGUUAAAUCAUGAAAACCAGUAGCACUGCAAGAGUUAUGAGAACGUAGUGCUAUCUCUGGAAAAAAACAGAAAAAAGAAAAAUGGAAAAAAUACUUGUUAUGGAAUUCAAUUGUAUUAAAUGUUCAAAUGCCAUGUUUCAAACAUAUUGUAGUUAAGAGAAGAGAAAUAUAAAACAUCGAGAAAUCUUUUUGAUACUUGUGUUAGUACAACUCUUCUAAUCUCUAGUGAAUGCAAAGUGUGUGGAUGCCUAACAAAGAAAAAAAAUUAUUACAAAAAACUUUACUCUUACAUACUACUGAUCCACCUAAUUUUAAAAACUGUGAUGUUGAUGCUUGUUUUAGACUUUUGUGGAACACUGUAGAAACAGUAUUUUGUGUACAAUUGAAUUAAGGCUUUUGUUUAUAUUUAAUUUUUAUAUAGGUAAUGUUUAACAAGAACUUUCUAAGUGCAUGUUGUGGGACAAGUGUAUUUCAUAUGUUUGGAACAGCGAACUGUUAACAUAAGCAAUAAAUACUGUGGAUUCAGUUAAUAAUGUGCAGAACCAUUGUAGGAGGAGUCUCUGUAUUAUUUUAUUUUUUACAUUCCUUUUGGUUUUUUUUCCCAUUUCUGUAUACUCCAGAUUUUAAUCAUUGCUACAUAUAAAGUGCUGGACACUGAUAACUUUUCUCAGAGUCAAAAGCAAUGAUUGUUCUUUUUAUAUGUGUUUAGAAUAGUGCUUUAAAUCAAAAAGAAUAUAUGAAAUAAGUCACGUAUCUCAGCAGACUGCAAAAGACUAACUGACAUUGUUGUAUUUAAAUAUUUGACGAAGUGUCGAAGAUGCCUUUACUUGUUACUAAAUACUCAUUCACCGUUGGAAUAUUAUUGGUAACUGAGGAUUAUCAGGCUUGGUUUCUUAUUGAAUCUUUAUUAUUAUUAUUGUGGUUGUAUACUUUCAGUAAUUUUAUUGUGAGCUCCUGCAUCUUGCCUUCCAACUCUGUGCUUUCACUUCUUUUUGGAAGAGAUCUCAUAAAAAGAACUGAUAUUUAUAUUUUUAUGAAUUAUUGCAUGAAUGUUGCCCAAGAGAAAUGUAUUUGUAGCUGAAUCUGUAUGAUCAGUGUACUUAAUGAUGAAUGUCUCAGUUUUGUUGAGUGUUGUAACCAAAGUGCUGCUCUUUUUGUGCAGUUGAGCAAUUGUAUCUGAAAGCAAAAAAAAGUGAAUGUAUGUGAUUUAAAAGGCAUCUAGUGUAAAAUAAGCCUAAACAAUCUGCCAUUCAUGGAAUUACUGUGAAGGCCUUUAAAAAUGACAAAUUAUGAAGUGUCUUAUGACCCAAUUAGUGCCAAAGAGUGUUUCUGGACUGCAAUGAAGUGGGUAUCAUUAAAAUAGUAUUCUUGUACAGGAAGUCAAUAUUAUGAACUGCACUUUUGUUGCCUUCCAUAUAACUUCUGUUGUUUCUAUAUGUUUUGUUACUUAUUUUAUAACUAUAAAUUUUAAAGACAAUACGAAAUGAAGGUGAAGUAUAUGCCUGUUCUGAAUUGUACACGUAAAUUUCUUAAAAUACUGCAUCAAUCCCAGAGCCAAUCACUGUCACAUUAUUUGGUAUUUUGUGCAUAGUUGAGCAUUUUGGUUCAGGAUUACACAUGUUUUGUUUGGUCGAAGUUGGUUUUAGUGCAAUCAGUUUCAAUUACUAAACAUAAUUGAUGGGUAAUGUUGCACUGUCAACAACAGUAACUGAGUUUUGCUGCCUCAUUCUAGUCCGCAUGACGGGUUGAGCAUUUCCCAUCAUUCUUCUGAUGUGUUCAGUGCACUGCUUCAGAUUGUGUACAUUGCUACAAAGGAAAAAAAAAAUAUUAAGGUAUUUCAUGGUUUUGCCUUAAUUUAAGACAAGCCCUUGGCUGUAUUAAAGAAUUCUUCGAGAGAAAGAGAUAUAUAUAUAUAUUAUUUUUUCGGGAACACGUGCCUGCAUUUAAAAAUGUGUGAAAUAAAAUUGCUUGCCUCAGAGACUUGUUUUAUUUGAAGGACAAAUUCGAGUGUGUUUGAGGUAGACUUGAAAUGAAUUAAUUUGUUUCUGUAGUAAUGGACACAUGACAGAAGAACUGCAACUUUAAGUCUACUGUGACAAUAGGCUUAAGUUUUAUACACAUAGGAAAAAUAUUUGAUUGGCUAGUGUUCUCAUGUAAAAAAUUGUUUUGCAGUGUUAAAUAUUUCAUUAAUUUAUGUGAUUUAGGAAUUUUCAUCAUUUCAUAAGAAUAUGGUGCUUCAAGCAAAGUUAUAGUGCUGUGUAAGAAGAAAGCAAUUUGACAUGGGUCUGUAGAAUUUGAUAUAUGUGACACUUAUUUGUGCCUUAAGUUUAUAGAGUCCAUUAAAAUAAAUAAGGUACAGAACAGGAAAACCGAAGAUCUGUGUUCAGUUCAGUAUUUGAAAGUCUGAAUAAAAAAUUCUCACACACACAUACACAUACAUCGGCAAAUUAUUUAGUUAUGUUUUUCUUUGACCCAUAUCAUACGUUUCUGUGUUAAGUAAUGUUUUGUGUAUUGAACCUAAAUAGCUCAGUAUUAUUCUAUUUUCUGGGGUCUCUUGUCAUACCAUGCCAUAACCAGCUCAUUCACUUGUGUUCAUUUCACUGACAUGCAGUGUAACAGAAUAUCACAGAAACUAAUUAUCAUAAGCUACAUAUUCUUGCCAGUGAAUAAAAUACAUUUUUAAAAUGUAGUUCAAUAGGUUUAAAUGUACACAAAGUUCCAAUAUUAAGAAUGAUAAUUCAGAUAAAGAGGUUGUCGGGGAAGAACAUGUCUUUUGUAAGUUACCGUGCGUAAUACAAUGAAUUUAUUAGAUGUCAUUCCUUUUGCUAUGAAGUGUUGAAAAUUUAGGCAUAGAGAGACUGUUUAUACAAAAUCUUUGUAAUAUCUGCUCAUUUCUGGUAAACAAACAACUUAUGCAUGUGGAUUCCAGAUCACAUACUAAAUUUGAUUAUGCUAUUCUCUGCAUCAGACUAUGAACUGUUAAAUUUUGAUCUAAAUGUAUGGAGCAGAUUUGUCAUUUGAUUGAUAUGUGAAAGUAUUUUAAAGGAGGAACAGAGACCCAAGUCCACCAAACAGUAUUUGAUGCAGCAUUUAUUUUGGAGUGGCUGUACAAAACAUUGAAGUUAUGUAUACAGUACAAUACAAAAAUAAAUUUGUACUUAACGGUAAA